AUGUCGCCCCUGCAACCAUAAUAAAGAUCUGACACAGCGCUCAUUCAAUCCACGGCCUGGAUUGUAGGUUGAAUAGUGGAUGAAUCCAAGCCUAGAUUUUUUUUGUCCCAAGUCCGUAACAAUUGUUUCAUCGACCCAACUCGAAAUAAACGGCAAACCAGCUGGUUACCGGGUUGAUUUGCCGGUCAGUCCAACUCCUAUAAGGAGGUUAUCGAACAAUAGGAAAGCAACAGAAGUAACCCAUUAAAAAAAUACACGAAGCUUUGAAGCAUUCAACUACUAGUCUUCUUUCUCUGUGACAAGACAAAUUACUACUUCUAUACUCUCUCUUUUCUUUCCUGCUCCUCCUCUCAUAGAAUUCCACGCCCAGAUCAGAAACAUCUUUGUGUUUGUCAAUGUAGUCAAUGAUUGAGAAACCAAACACAGUUUGAGUAUAGUCGACUUUGUUAUAUACAGAAAGCAGUUCAAGUUUUACACUUCAAAAUAUCUCUUGAUUUCUCUAUUCGAUUGAUCAUCAAUAGAGUGGUCCUGUUUUGUUUUUGUUUUCCAUAAAGAAUGGGAAAGAAACGUGUAAUGGUGCCGGCUGAGGACGUCGACUUGUCCGCUGUCAAGUACCAGCAUGAAGCAAUCCAAGCUCCGCAUUUGACUGGAUUGAAAUUUAAGCUGUUUGUAAAGUUACUUGAGACUCCGCUUGUUGGUCCUUUGAUUAUAUCACAUUUGAAGAAGGAGAACAAGAUAGUUGAGUUGCUGCAAAAUACUGUGAUCCCGGAAGCGCCUAUGUAUAAACCUGAAUAUCCUCCACAAGAACCAGAACCUGGCGUUGUCGUUGUGGAUGAAGAUGGAAAACCAGAAGACCGGGUAGAGUUAGCUAUGAACUGCCUUCCUCCUUAUAAUUCUGCCAGCUGCUGGAAUGAGGACUUGGCUUCACCGUUUAGGUAUUGGAAGAUACGCGAUUAUGCACAUGCUUAUCGGUCACAGUUUGUCACUCCAUCUAUGGUUGCUGAGAAGAUCAUCUCAGUUAUAGAAGAAUUCAACAAAAAGGAUCCCCCAAUGCCAUUAUUGAUUUCUUUUGAUGCUGAAGAAGUCAGGAAACAGGCUGCAGCUUCUACAAAGAGAUUUGAGGAAGGAAGUUCAAUAUCCAUCCUGGAUGGCAUUUUCAUCGCAAUCAAGGAUGAUAUAGAUUUGUAUCCGCAUCCAUCCAAGGGUGGUACAACAUGGAUGCAUGAGGUCCGUCCUGUGGAAGAGGACGCGGUUAGUGUUUCUAGACUGCGUAGCUGUGGGGUGAUAUUUGUACUUUUCACUAUGCUUAAUGAUUUGUUAGUCUCUACUUGUUUUUUCACUAUACUGAUGCUUAAUGAUUUGUUAGUCUCUACUUGUGACACUGAUGCUGUUAGUAUGAAUGUGCUUACAGAACCAGAACCUGGCGUUGUCGUUGUGGAUGAAGAUGGAAAACCAGAAGACCGGGUAGAGUUAGCUAUGAACUGCCUUCCUCCUUAUAAUUCUGCCAGCUGCUGGAAUGAGGACUUGGCUUCACCGUUUAGGUAUUGGAAGAUACGCGAUUAUGCACAUGCUUAUCGGUCACAGUUUGUCACUCCAUCUAUGGUUGCUGAGAAGAUCAUCUCAGUUAUAGAAGAAUUCAACAAAAAGGAUCCCCCAAUGCCAUUAUUGAUUUCUUUUGAUGCUGAAGAAGUCAGGAAACAGGCUGCAGCUUCUACAAAGAGAUUUGAGGAAGGAAGUUCAAUAUCCAUCCUGGAUGGCAUUUUCAUCGCAAUCAAGGAUGAUAUAGAUUUGUAUCCGCAUCCAUCCAAGGGUGGGACAACAUGGAUGCAUGAGGUCCGCCCUGUGGAAGAGGAUGCGGUUAGUGUUUCCAGACUGCGUAGCUGUGGGGUGAUAUUUGUAGGAAAGGCAAAUAUGCAUGAGUUUGGCAUGGGUACUACUGGGAACAAUCCAAAUUAUGGAACAACAAGAAACCCUCAUGCAGUGGAUAGGUACACAGGCGGAUCUUCCUCAGGCCCAGCAGCAAUUGUAGCCUCUGGUCUAUGCUCUGCUGCCUUGGGAACUGAUGGUGGAGGUUCAAUCCGCAUUCCCUCUUCUCUCUGUGGUGUAGUGGGUUUGAAAACAACAUAUGGUCGGACAAACAUCAAAGGGUAA